CACAAUUUGAGCACAACUAUCUACUACCUCCUCUCAAGUGUCAAAGCUGUGUUUUAAUGGCCACCAAAGGAAGAAGAAUGAGAGUACUUCUUCUUCUUCUUCUUCUCUAUUUGUCAAGGUGUUUUUUGUUCUUCAACUUCAGCCCUGCGUACUCGGAGACAGACACAAUCUACUUGGGUCAACCUCUCAGAGAUUGGGAACAGCUGAUUUCAGAAAACCAGAUCUUCAAGUUACAAUUUUUCAGCCCUGUGACGACUUCAAGUAGCCGUUAUAUAGGCAUAUUUUACAACAAAGGGGAAAGAACCGGAAGGCCGUGUGGAUGGCAAACCGAGACUACCCUAUCCCCGAUGCAUCUGGGAACCUGAUCAUCGACGAUGAUGGCAGGUUGAAAAUUUCAUACAGGGGGGGCCUCACUGUCACUGUAGUUAAUUCUCUUCCGGCAACAAGCAAUACAAGUGCUACACUGCUGGAUUCAGGCAAUUUUGUACUCAGAGAACUCGAUUCAAAUGGGUCUGUAACGCGGAUUUUGUGGGAAAGCUUUGAUUAUCCUACCGACACGCUUCUACCAGGAAUGAAACUUGGUAUCAACAUCAAAACUGGGCAUAAAUUGUCGCUAACUUCUUGGAGAAGUGAUGAGGUACCUGCCUCAGGGUCUUUUACCUUUGGUGUAGAUUCCAAUGGUACGGGACAACUUGUAAUCUGGUGGCGAGGGAAUGUCUACUGGACUAGUGGGCUAUGGAGCAACGGGAGCUUUGACAAUGUCCGCCAAUUGUCCUAUGAAGACUACUACAACUUCAGCUAUGUCUCCAAUGAGAAUGAGAAAUACCUCAGCUACUCAGUGAAUGAAAGCAGUAAUUCACCAAUGUUCUACAUGAGACCAGAUGGUGGAAUGAGAGGCGAAGUAUGGGCGGAACCUAUUGGUGAUUGUGAGUGGCGUUCUGGCAACUAUACUGGGUGCAACAUGACCGUGAACUCGCCAGAGUGCAGGAAACCAAACUACUCUUUACAAGCACAAGAAAAAAAACUAAUUAGUGAUGGAAUCAAGUACGAUGAAAGCUACAACUUGAGUGAUUUUGAUUGCAAGAAAAUAUGCUGGAACAAUUGCUCUUGUGUUGCCUAUGCUACUAACAAGGGAACCGGAUGUGAGAUUUGGAUUCAAGGAAUGAGUUUCAAAGAAUAUUUUGGUUCUUACUUCGACGACAAGCAAUUUUAUUUUCUUUCUUCAGAAAGUGUUUCAAAAAGAGGUUAGUUUACAUCUCGGAGAAGUUCAAACAUAGGCAGAUUUUUUUGCGUAUAUUAAAAAGAAAGCAUGUUGGACACAUCUUUUCGUUUUUCUUUUUUUUUUUUUUUUUUU